GAGAGAGAGAGAGAGAGAACGCGCCCACGUCCGCCUUCACGAGCAUACGGCCAGUGCGGAGAGACAGAGAGCGCUCCGUAGCGAACACCAGUUUGAGACUCCGAGCGCCACUAACGACUCGGCACGGGAACCUUCAUGCGACAGCGCUGACAUUGUCUUGCUGAAGAUGCUAGGCGUCGUACUGGCGUGUGUUUGUGCGGUUGUGAUCACCGGAGCGUCGGCUCGCAACGACAACGGCAAUUUUCUGGACGACAAAUGGUUGACGGGGCGAUGGGACAAAUUUCGUGAUGAGCCUGGCUCAUGGAACCCUGGAAAGCCAUUUGAUCAAGCACUGGAUCCUGCCAAAGACCCAUGCCUAAAGGUAAAAUGCAGUCGAAACAAGCGCUGUGUGGCCGAGGACUACAGAACCCCCACGUGUGUCAGCCAGAGUGGGGUGAGUUUUAAGGGUGUGGCUGGGAGAAACGCAGACCUGCUGAAGUGCAAUAGAUGCCCAGUGGUGCAUCCAUCGCCCGUCUGUGGAACAGAUGGACACACAUACUCUACCAAGUGUAAACUGGACUAUCAGGCGUGUAUCUCUGGGAAGCAGAUUUCUGUGAAAUGUCCAGGACAGUGUCCUUGCCUAUCACAUCCAUACAGUCCUACACACAAAAAUGAGUGCAGUGAUGCUGAAAUGACUGAGGUCAUAAGAAGACUGAGAGAGCGGUUCAGAGACGUGCCUGAGAGUGGGAAUCUCAACAAGAGGGUCAAGUUCCAGAAACUUGAAAAGAGGGUGGACAUAAAUAGGAUGCCUCUUUGUAAGGACCCUCUAGAUGGGCUUUUCGCCAGGCUGGAUGUGAACUUCGACCAGCAGCUCGACCAAUCAGAGCUGGCCCGCCUGGGCUCAGGGAGGGAUGCCGCAUGUACCAAGGCUUUCCUCAGGUCAUGUGAUUCUGGCCGCAACCAGCUCGUCUCCAGUCAGGAGUGGUGCUCUUGCUUCCAGAAACGGCAGGAGUCUCCUUGCCAGUCGGAGAUUACCAACAUCCACAAAGCUGGAAAAAAACUAUUAGGUCAGUACAUUCCAUCUUGUGAUGAGAAUGGCUUCUACAGACCACAGCAGUGCCGCAGCAGCAGCGGCCAGUGCUGGUGUGUGGAUCGCUAUGGAAACGAGAUUGCUGGUUCACACAGGAUGGGACAUGCAGAAUGCGCUCCAGUGUUGGAAGCUUCUGGAGACUUUGGCAGCGGUGAUGAGCUGCUCUCGGAUGACGAGGAUGAUGACGUUCAGAAUGAUGAAGAAGAGAUGGGUGACGACGAAGAGUACGAUGACGAUGACGACGAUGACGGUUACCUGUCAUAAUCCAUUUUUCUUUCUUUUUGUCCUAAAAAAAGGUGAAACUGAAAGAUAGAGAUGCUUAGUCCUAAAGCACGAUUUUAGGCAACUCUAACAGAACUCAGUACUAAUAUUACUAAUGGCUUAGAAAAAGGUGUAUCUCCCUCUUGCUGUGUAACAUUUGUUCAAAAUUAAUACAGUUAUUCAUGAUUUAUGUUUUACUUUUGUUAUUUUGUUGUUUUCGAUUUUGAAUGAGAACAGGUGAUGCACUGUAGCCCCUGGGACAGUGUGUGGAAAUGAUCAGAGGGGUGUGACCAGAGAUAAAUGUGUUAUGCUUAGAGGCUAGCAUACACACACACACACACACACACACACACACACACACACACACACACACACACACACGUGUCCACAUGUGUCCACAUAUAGGAGUCAUAUUUUUAGUAAGAAAGUCAAAAUACUCCCUCUCUAAAGGGUUGUUUGCAGCCACACACACACAUACACACAUACACACACCUGAUGGUAUGUCUGACACUUCAUCAAGGUUCCAUUUGUUGGUGUGUUUCUGUGUGUAUGCAUUUCAUUAUACCGUGUCGGUACCUUGUAACUGAAAAUGUUACACUUUUUGGGUUAUGUAUUUUAAUAAAUUGCAAAUGAAACCCAUGAUGGGAAUUUGAGAUUAGUUAAUUUUUAGAUCAAAAAAACACAAGCAAAUGUUUUCACAUAUUCCUGUGUGGUCCAUUGUAUUUGAUGAAGGCGGUUGUAAUGGACAUCAUUAUGCUGGGGUUAUGCUUUGUCAUAAUGUUAAAUAGGUUUAGUGACUGGAGACAUAGAACAUUAAGCACAUCUUCAGUUCUUACUCUUUCUGUGCAGAGGGGUGGGUUGUAAAUUGUAGCAAACUAGGGGUACUGGAGUUACAAGAAAACACACGCACACACACACACACACACACAUUCACACAUGCGCACAUUUUUGUUGCUAUCUGUUACCUGUUAGCAUUAGGAAGUGUGAUGCCUUUGAAUAGAAGAGAGUGGGAAUGCAAGAGAGAAAGUGUGUGUGUGUUAGAAUAUGUUAAGGGGUUUUAGCAUAAGAUAUUGUCUUGUUGACUCUCCUAUAGCAGAGAGGGUUUAACCUCUAUAUCUCUGUGUUGUUUUGGUUUGCUAGGAGAAAACAUACGAAUAGUUUGUAUCUUACCAUUAAAAAGCGCAGGUGAAAAACAAGGUAGAUAAAAAUGUUAAACCUCAGCGUGUCCUGCAUAUCAUUUGAUACCUUUUUCGUCGUUUGUUUCGGGACUUUUACUAUGCUCUAUAAGCCAUUAAUUUUCAUUCAAUGGACAGUUCCUUUUAUUGUCAUGUUCCGCAAAACCGAAUUUGCUGCUUGGUCAGCUGCACAAGUUUUGAGCGGAGAUGUGGUGAGAGGAGAAGAAAAGAGCCCUCUCUUCCCUUGCCGAUGUCGGUCCACCUGUCUUCACAGAAGUGUGACAAAUUAUACAAUUUUUUUUACAGUGUAUGUAAUAUUUGCUCAAAUAAAAUUCUAUUGACCAGAAUGA